UCUCUGCUGGUGAAAGCUGGUGGCUUCAUUCGAGCCUCCACAACACUCCAUCUAAUCGAGUCACAUUUCAGGAAGGCUCAGCCCCCUCCUUUCCAAUCCCUUCCGCUCCAAAUUCACCUUUCAGCACAAGUAGUGCUGUGAUUGGAUUCUCUGCAGGUGCUCACACAGAUCCGUCAAAAUUUCCUUCCUCGAGGACCUUGAGAGUGCGGAGGAAGACAUCAUGGGUGCAGGAGCCAGCGCUGAGGACAAAAAGUCCAAGGAAUUGGAAAAACAGCUCCAGGAAGAUGCCGAUAAGGAGUCUAAAACAGUCAAACUGCUGCUGCUUGGUGCUGGUGAGUCAGGAAAAAGCACCAUUGUAAAACAAAUGAAGAUUCUUCACCAAGGUGGUUACACAAAAGAGGAGCAAAUGGAGUUCAGAGCGAUCAUCUUUGGCAACAUCCUGCAGUCUGCUCUGGCUAUCAUCAGAGGCAUGGAGAUGCUCGGCAUUGAUUUUGGCGCUUCCUCUGGACAGGAGGACGCGCAGAAGCUGCAGAACUUGUCAGACUCCAUUGAAGAAGGAACAAUGCCCCCCGAGCUGGCCGAUGUCAUCAAGAAGCUGUGGAAAGACUCUGGAGUGCAGGCAGCGUUCGAGAGAGCUGCUGAGUACCAACUGAACGACUCCGCUGGCUACUACCUCAGUGAAAUGGACAGGAUCUGUCUGCCCGACUACAUGCCCACCGAGCAGGACGUGCUGCGAUCUCGAGUCAAAACAACUGGUAUCAUUGAAGAACAGUUCUCCUGCAAAGAGUUGCACUUCAGGAUGUUUGACGUGGGAGGCCAGAGGUCAGAGAGAAAGAAGUGGAUCCAUUGUUUCGAGGGCGUUACCUGCAUCAUCUUCUGCGGGGCUCUCAGUGCUUACGACAUGGUGCUCGUAGAAGAUGACGAAGUGAACCGCAUGCACGAGUCGCUCCAUCUAUUCAACAGCAUCUGCAACCACAGAUUCUUCGCCCUGACUUCAAUCGUGCUUUUCCUCAACAAGAAGGAUCUUUUUGAAGAGAAGAUCAAGAAAGUCCAUCUGAGCAUCUGCUUCCCAGACUAUGACGGCCCUAACACGUAUGAGGACGCCAGCAACUACAUCAAGACCCAAUUCGAAGAGCUGAACAUGAAGAAGGGUCAGAAAGAAAUCUACUCCCACCUGACCUGUGCCACAGACACGAAGAACGUCGAGAUCGUGUUCAACGCCGUGACGGACAUCAUCAUCAAAGAAAACCUUAAAGACUGCGGUCUGUUCUAAGGAGCUCCGGAGUGAAUGGAGAGAGAACUUUUUUUUUUCAACCUUAACCCCACACACAUUGGCAUUAAGAAAGAAGUGCACCGAUGGAGCACAGGGGGGUCCUGAGACUGUUGUGUUGUUUGCCGUCGUCGUCUCCAUGCCAAGUUGUGGUUGAACAUCACCACCUCCCACGUUACCUUCCUGCAACUCACUGCAUGUCCAGCUGGGUCGAAACAGCUACAAAGUCACCAUGUAAACGUUGUGGAACUACAGGUUUCUACACAGCUAAAAAGGUUAAAGGUAUGAAGAUGAAAUAGCUACUCCUUUGAUCCUCACUGCGUUUCUGAAGCUUAUAAAUUGUACAUUUAAAUUGCUCUGAAAGCCAAGCUUUGUAAAAUAAUUAAAGCAACCUGGGAAAAGUAUAAAUAUUCUGAAUAGACGUUUAAUUUUUUUGUUUCGUUUUUGAGUACAAUAGUCUCUGUGAGCUUGAUAAUUAAGCUGAAAAGUUACAAUUAUCUCCGAUAUUCCCCAGCGCUUGCAGUUUGUGCAGAUUACAAACCCAAUGUGCAUGUACCUAAUCUAAAUAGUGUUAUAAUGUACUGAAAUGACUUACCAUUUUAAUGUGAUGAAUAAAUUCGACAACAACAGAAAUGAUAGAUGAACUUUGUACAUAAGCAUAGAUAAAUUAUAUUUUGAACGAGAAAUUAUCUGGAAACAUACGACAGGAAAACACUAGAGGAUGGAUGCUUUAUGAUGAAAAGGGAAUGAAAAUCUAUUGUGUUCUUUCUUAUGAAAUGUAGACGCAUGAAAUAAAGAUGCAUUAACUUCAA